UUGUAGAAAACAGAAAUCCAAAAUUUAGUGUAAUCCAGUGCUCCUAUUUAAAUCAAAAUGCGUUUAACCGCGCUGCUACAGAAGGUUGGGGAUAUGUCCAAAAAGUUCUCCAACUUUCCCGACUCCUACGUGAAACGAUCAAUGGAGCAGGUAUAUUGGAAAACACCACGCGGUAAGCCACAGUAUUUGCCCCGGACGGUCGAGAGGAAAAAGUUUCGCUUCACCACCAACCGACCAUGGACGGGCCAGUUCCGGCAGCAGAAUAUGCCCGGCACCAUCCGGAAGAAAGUCUUCAUCGAACCGAUCGCCAACUGGAGCUUCUUCCGCGGUGACCGGGUCGAGGUGCUGGUUGGAAAGGACAAGGGCAAGCAGGGCAUCGUAAGUCAGGUGAUACAGGAGCGCAACUGGGUGAUCGUGAGCGGUCUCAACUGUCAUCUGCGCAAGGUGGCCGACGAGAAGGACUACCCGGGCAUCAUGAUCAAAUCGGAAAGCCCACUGCUAGUGACGAACCAGGUGCAGCUGGUCGAUCCGUCCGAUCUGCAGGGAACACCAAUCGAGUGGCGGUACACGGAGGACGGCGAAAAGGUGAGGGUAUCGACGCGCACCGGGCGUAUUAUUCCGAUUCCGAAGUCGAACGAGGAAACGCACGACUACAAAACCAAGGGCACGUACAUCGAGCGGGAAAAGGACACACCGGCCGAUGUGGUGAAGGAAAUCUCGUUUCAACCGGCACUGUGCACCUUCGAGAUGGACAUAAUGAGAGAGCAGGGCAUCGAGGAGGAUCGGGUACCGCUCAAGACGUACUGGUACUAGAGGAUGAAAUAUAGCGCUAUUAGCAUUAGAGGAAA